AUGUCUAGUACCUUGGAGAAUAAGAUUUUAAAUUUGCAAGAACGUCUUAGAGCGGAAAAUGAAUCAAGGGAUAGAGACAGACAUAACAGCGAGGUUGGAUCAGGAACGGGCCUUCAAUCGUCAUCCUCAGUACCUGUCUCGAGUCCUGCUUCACGACCUCCAAUUCCAACUUUAAAAGUCUCACAGAUACCUCCAAAGAAACAAGAUAGUGAAUUUGAGUCAAAAUUACAAGAAAUCAUGAAGAUGAAUGGUAUUUUAAAUAUUAAUGGGCAAAGGUAUCAAACUGAAAUGAAAGAUUUAGAGCAUCUAGGUGAAUUAGGAAAUGGUACCUGUGGACAUGUUGUUAAAAUGAGGCACAAACCUAGUGGUGUACUCAUUGCUGUGAAACAAAUGAGACGUUCUGGUAAUGCAGAAGAAAAUAAAAGGAUAAUUAUGGAUCUUGAUGUUGUGUUAAAAUCACAUGAUUGUCCAUAUAUUGUGCAAUGUUUGGGAUGUUUCAUCACUGAAUCUGAUGUAUGGAUUUGUAUGGAAUUAAUGGCAACUUGUUUAGAUAAAUUAUUAAAAAGAACCAGACAAGCAAUGCCAGAAGAGUUUUUAGGAAAAGUCACAGUAGCAACAGUAAAAGCAUUGUCAUAUUUGAAAGAAAAACAUGGUGUUAUUCAUAGAGAUGUGAAACCUAGUAAUAUUCUUCUUGAUGAAAGGGGAGGAGUUAAAUUAUGUGAUUUUGGUAUAUCUGGCAGAUUAGUUGACAGUAAAGCAAAAACUAGAAGUGCAGGAUGUGCUGCUUAUAUGGCUCCUGAAAGAAUUGAUCCUCCAGAUCCAACUAAACCAGACUAUGAUAUAAGAGCUGAUGUAUGGAGCUUGGGUAUUACUUUAGUAGAAUUAGCUACAGGAGUAUUCCCUUACCGAGAUUGCAAGACUGAUUUUGAGGUAUUGAGCAGAGUAGUACAAGAUGAUCCUCCUUCCCUUCCAUCAGAUGCACUUUUUUCAAAGGAAUUCAGAAGUUUUGUGAGUUGUUGCCUUACAAAAAAUUAUAAGCAACGUCCAAAAUAUCAUAAACUCAUGGAACAUGCUUUUAUUCGAAAAUACGAUGUAUCUCAAGAUGAAGAAACAAAUUCUUCAGUUCUAAAUUCUGGCUGCCAAUGGUUUGGCAGGGUAAUGCGACAAUUAGAACCAAGUUUCAGAUUGCCAGGGUGGCAACAGAGAGUUACGGGUCAUGUGUCUUUAAAACAAACAGCUCAUCUCAGGGCUCAAUCCGAAGUACCAGCUUUCCUACGAAGCAAUGUCACCAAAGACUCGCAGAACUCCAGUUUUUUGCCAUUUCAUCAACGAUCAAAUAGUGAGAAUGGUGCGAACUAUGUAUCAUAUAGUCCGUACGCGCUUAGACGAAAGGAAAUUUCCAGGCCGUUUUCUCCUCCUUCGUCCAACGACGUGGACGCAUCGGAAACGAAUUUUCAACAAUCGUAUUCACCGUAUAGACAACAUGUCGAUCAAAACAGGGAUUAUUCUUCGAAUCAUUGUUCUACUAAUGGACAAGGUAGACAAGAAGGAAGACCGUUCUCUCCUUAUCGACAAGAUAGCACCGCGAUAGACACCGGGAAUAGGCUCUAUUCACCGUAUCACGGACGCUUUACCGAAGAUCGUGACUCGAGUAAAGAACGAUGGCAAAGUGUCUCUAGAUCGUUAAGUCCGUUUGCUCGUGAUUAUUCACCUUGGAGGAGAGAAAAUGUCGAUCCUCCAAAUGUAAUACAACCAACCGAAAGUGGUCGUUAUUCACCGUUUCUUCAACAACGACUAGGACAUAUUCCAGCUGUGCCUCAAACUCAUCCGCAAUCACAUGAUAUUUAUGGUAGUCCUAUGAUUAGUCGUAAAAGGUUUCCUUCUGAACCUCCUCCACAAGGAUCUCAUGGUUCUACCAGCCCUGAAUUAUUAAUCUCUCGUUUUGCUCAUCAGUUGAAGCAAGAUCCUCCAUCUGCUACACCACCAGUUCAGGGUGGAUCAAAGGAAUCUGCUAAGAAACGUUUUGCUUCUUACGUUCGUCUCAGGCUCGGAAGUGAACGCGCUCCUUCGCCGGAGCCACCGCCGAGAUUGAGCCGCGGUGAAUCCCCUCUUGCCCUUAGAAGGAAUUUAGUAGAUCAAGCGUCUCCCUCUUUUGCAAGAAGGUAUGUUUCAUCUUCUCCACCUCAACCUCCUCCUAGGAGAUUGUCAGAAAGCAACUCUGUGCCUGGUAGUCCUCAACAUGUACGAGCUCGACUACGUUACACCCCUGAACCUCAGAGGAGACCUCCGCCACCAUAACCCACCGUUACGAUUAAACCUUAUUCCUUGUUGGUGCCAUAUGCGAUAAAAGUAACUGAAUUAAUCACAUGUACCAUGUAGAAAUGGUGUUAUAAUCAACAAUGGUUGUGCACACAAGUGAUCGGGGUGCACCAGUGUACUUGAAAAACAGUUUGAAACCAAAAAAUGAAAAAAGAAAAAAAUAGCUGUUUGUAAUACUCGGUGACAUCCGUGAGUUCUCUUAAUGUGUACGUAUUUUUCAAACAAAGACUCGGAUAUACGUACAAUGUACAAUACGAUUACCAAACAUUGAACAUUGUUUUUGCAAGCACGGAACAAAAAUGUUAGAUAUUCUAGAUUCGAGAGGACGGUCUUUGGGAUUGAUCAUCGCACGAUUUUCGUGGCUGUAAUGACGUACCGCGUUGAACUACUUUGUCAAUAAACUCUCUUAUCGACGUGUAUUUAUAUAGGAUGCAAUCAACGGAUGCAAUACGAUGCUCAACUUUUUAUAUUGCUUGUAAAGAUAUAAAUAAAUGUAGUAUGUUCGACGUUUUUUCUAAAAAAAAAAAAAAAUAAAUGAAAAGAAAGGGAAAGAAAAGAAAAGAAAAACAAGAAGAAAAAAGGGGGAAAAAAUCAAAAAAGAAAAGAAAAUCGUUAUUAGGAGACGCGGCAUCGUACUGAACGCGUAAACCGUUCCUAUCAUUCUUCGUUUACGCUUCUUUUUUUAAUUGAGAGACAAUUAGCGAGAAUUGUAAACGAAACUCGCGUAGGAGUUCUCUCUUCCUCGGGCGGCCUUGCAGUGUAUCUCUGCAACACGACUUAGUAAAGGCGAACAUUUUUCACGUUUCAUUAUUGUUUGUAAUAUAUAAUACCAAACGCAUUACGGCGAUCACGAUGAGGAUCGAUCGAGUGAAAAAACCAAAUCGUAAGAACUAUUAAAACGACGUCUCCAUAAGGAAAGCACAAUAUUCACGUCUCCUAGAUUUUACGAGUUUCAACAAAAUGUAUAUUAUUUAAAAUAAGAGGCGUGUUUGGGCUAGAACGUUGUAAUUAUUAUUUUUAAUUAACAUUUAUUCAUUAACUUUGUUCAAUCUACACUCGUAAUCACCUUUUGUCACUUAUUUGACAAAAGGAUCUGUUGCAAUGUAAAUAAACUUAUAUUUAUACGA